CACUUCAAAAGCUCGUGGUUAUUCCUGUGGUCCUGUUGACAUGCCACUUUUCCUACAGCUACUCUGUCGUCCUCUUCAAUUCCACAAUUCGAUCUUUGGUGUCUCUGUCUCGGACGGACAGGGGUUCUGACCGUCUUUCUAUCCUGCCACACCGUUAGACCGUGCCUACUACACAAAACAACAUGGCGUCAAUAUGCCGGUCACUGCGGCCACUGGCCAAGGCGUCAACCUCCCUCCCUCUGCGGACUUCAACAGCGAGGACCCUGUCUCGAAGGAAUUUUGUGCCGUGAGAACGCAUACAUCCCCGGACCAUUCUGAAGCUUACUUGGAAACCCAGACAAAGAACCUUCGUCGCCACGGCGAGACAGCGCCAUCCUGAGCCAUAUAUGCCUGAUGAUGUCGACACCGACUCCCUACAUCCCACUCCCAUCACUCACUUCUCGGAGACCGAAAGAAUGCUCGCGGACUCGGUAUCGAAAUGGGCCAACGAAACGGUGGCGCCCAAGGUGCGGGACAUGGACGAGGCGGAGAAGAUGGACCCCGAAGUCGUCGAGCAGAUGUUCGAGCAGGGACUCAUGGCCUUUGAGAUCCCGGAGGAGUACGGAGGUGCCGGGAUGAACUUCACCUCCGCGAUUGUGGGUAUAGAAGAGCUCGCACGGGUAGACCCUUCAGUGUCGGUCAUGUGUGACGUCCACAACACCCUGGUCGUGACGGCGAUUCUCAAAUACGGCAGCGAGAACUUCAAGAGGGAGUGGCUCCCGAAACUCGCCACGAACACGGUCGGAUCAUUCUGUUUGUCCGAGCCAGCUUCAGGGUCUGACGCUUUCGCGCUCAAGACCAAGGCCGAAAAGACGGAAAAUGGCUACAAGAUCAACGGCUCAAAGAUGUGGAUCACCAACUCCAUGGAAGCCGACUUUUUCCUCGUGUUUGCCAACCUCAACCCGGAAGCCGGGUACAAGGGCAUUACGGCUUUUGUCGUUACCAAGGACAUGAAGGGAUUCAGUAUUGCGAAGAAGGAAAAGAAGCUUGGCAUUCGAGCCUCGAGCACCUGCGUCAUCAACUUUGACGACGUCGAGGUGCCCAAGGAGAACCUCCUCGGCAAAGAGGGUCAGGGUUACAAGUAUGCCAUUGGACUCUUGAACGAGGGUCGCAUUGGUAUUGGAGCCCAAAUGACCGGCCUGGCGCUGGGCGCGUGGGAGAACGCGGCCAAGUACGUGUGGAACGACCGCAGGCAGUUCGGCCAGUUGGUCGGUGAAUUCCAAGGCAUGCAGCACCAACUCGCACAGGCGUACACCGAGAUCUGCGCGGCUCGUGCUUUGGUCUACAAUGCCGCCCGAAAGAAGGAAGCCGGAGAGGACUUUGUGACGGACGCGGCCAUGGCGAAGUUGUACGCCAGUCAAGUGGCAGGCAAAGUUAGUGGUCUCGCUGUCGAAUGGAUGGGUGGUAUGGGUUUCGUCCGAGAGGGAAUCGCCGAGAAGAUGUUCCGUGACAGCAAGAUCGGUGCCAUCUACGAGGGAACGAGCAACAUUCAACUCACGACGAUAGCCAAGGCGUUGCAAAAGAAGUACUCUCAGUAAAAACCCGGGAAGGAGUCGAGGCAUGGUGUCCAUGGAGUAACUACCAGGUACCUACCGAGUGUACGGGCAUGUCGGAAAACUUUUGUUUGAUUAGCAUGGCGACAUGGAAUGAUAUAGUCGUGGAAUGAAUAGAGGAUAUCAUAAAUUGAAAAUCAGCUACCCAAGGUACCGUUUGGCUAUUUGGA